AUGGCAAGUGGGAUGAUUCCUUUUCAAGCCCCCCCCCAACUCAACAAGGAUAACUAUAACAAUUGGAGCAUAAGAAUGAAAAUGUUGCUCAGGUCACAAGAUGCAUGGGAGAUCGUAGAGAAAGGCUACACGGAGCCACAAGACGAGGUCGCUCUAUCCCAAGCACAAAGGGAUAGUUUGAAGGAUGCAAGGAAAAAGGAUAACAAGGAAGGUUCGGCAGUAGAGGAAGCUAAAGAGGAAAAGGACGAGACCAAGAUCGAGGAAGAACUGCAUUCUACAAGGAGAAAAGAAGAUAAAGCUCAUUUUCCACCAGAUGUCGUGGAAGAGGAAAAGGUACAAGGUAAAAUGAAGGGCCAAGAAUGUAGAAAUAUUACUAACCAAGUUGAAGAGAAAGCCAACUAUGCUUGUCAGGAAAGUGAAGUGGAUCCUGCACUACUGUUGGCUUACAAAGGUGAAGAGGGCAGAGAAAAUAACACUUGGUAUUUGGAUACAAGAGCAAGCAACCAUAUGUGUGGAAGAAAAAAUAUGUUUGUGGAGCUUGAUGAAUUAGUAAUCGAAAGCAUUACCUUUGGAGAUGAAUCCAAGAUCCCAGUUAAAGGAAAAGGUAAAAUCUUGAUUCGCUUGAAAAAUUGUACGUAUCAAUUUAUCUCAAAUGUCUAUUAUGUGCCCAAUAUUAAGAAUAACAUUUUAAGUUUGGGACAACUCUUAGAGAAUGGCUAUGAUAUUCAUUUGGAAGAUCAUAGUCUUUCAAUAAAAGAUCAAAGGGAAAAUUUGAUUGCCAAAGUCCCUAUGACAAGAAAUAGAAUGCUUGCAUUAAGCAUUCAAAAUGAUGUUGCCAAAUGCAUAAAAGCUUGUUUUAAAGAUUCAUCUUGGUUUUGA